UCCAAAGCAUGCUCUGUUUUGGAAACAGAGUAGUUGUAACAGAAUUUGAAAACCAGAGCCCUCAAUUUCCACUUCAAAUGGAUCUUUUUAACUUCCACUCCCCACAAAAUUCCGAUUUCUCGCCUGAAUCCUCCUUUGGAUCAUCGGAUUCCUUCUUCUACGGCCAAUCUUUCGAUGUCAAUUCACUCCCUUUCAACGAAAACGACUCCGAAGAAAUGCUUCUUUUCGGGCUAAUUGCAGAGGGAACCCAAGAAUCAACAUCAAAAGCUUCUUCUUUUUCUUCUUCUUCUUCUUUCUCUUCACAUAUUAUCAAGGAAGAGGAGGUCGAUUCAAUCUUUGAAGAAAGACCCAAGAAGGAGAAGACCUACAGAGGAGUCCGGAGGCGGCCGUGGGGUAAAUUCGCGGCGGAGAUAAGGGAUUCGACUAGAAAUGGAGUUAGGGUAUGGUUAGGCACAUUUGAUAGUGCAGAGGAAGCUGCUUUGGCUUAUGAUCAAGCAGCCUUUUCAAUGAGGGGUUCAUCUGCAAUACUCAAUUUUCCAGUUGAGAAGGUUAAGGAAUCACUCAAGGACAUGACGUACAGUAGAGAGGAUGAUGGGUGCUCACCAGUUGUGGCUUUGAAAAGGAAACACUCCAUGGGAAGGAAAAUUAUGGGGAGGAGUAGGAAAGAGAGAGAUGUAAGGAUAGACAAUGUGGUGGUGUUUGAAGAUUUAGGUGCUGAUUACUUAGAAGAGUUGUUGAAUUCAUCUGGAGGUGCUGGGCCUUGGUAAAAAAAUAUUUUUACUGUGUACUUUUCCCCCCUCUUUUACCCUUUUUUCUAUUAUGUAUUAUUUUUUUUCAUUGUAUAGAAUAUUAGUUGAUGAUGAGGGUCGAAAGGAUUGGGGAUUUGUAGUAUUUAUAUUGUGGGGCUCUAUUGUAAUUCCUUGAGCCUCUACUCAAUUCAUUAAAAUCACUCUUGCGUUCUUA